AUGGCCACCCUACGAAAAGGGGCUCACCUGGCGAGCUCACUGGGGAGAAGACAGCUUCCUCUACGGACUGCCCCCCUUUGUGCCCGGCGAUUUGCCUCGACUGAGGCUGACAAGUCCUCCGCUUUGGCCGAUCUCGACGGUGCCUCAUCCUUUGCGACAGGUGCACCCGAUGAGGCGGCUAUUCAAGCAUUCAACAACAGAGAGAGAGCUUCAGGAGCGGAGAAUAGACUUCCUGGUAACAGAUACCAGUACCAUCCUCCCAAGUACUACCGUGGACCUCUCCAUCCCGUCCAGGUGCCCAAGUCCUCCGACCCAACUGCUCGAGAUUUCGUCCCCGGCCCCUUCAACUUCCCUCGACUAAAGCACACCUACGAAAGCACUAUUGCGCCGGAUCUGAUUGCUAUGACCUACCAGCACAUGCCUCCUGGAGUAGAACCCCCGGUUUCCAAUAAGGGCAACUUGAGAGAAUGGGACGGCUCUUCACCGUACCACAAGAACCGACCUCGUCGAGGACCCCGUGGUGGUGGCUCUUCAAGACUUGGCUUGGUCGAGCGCCCCAUCGAAUGGCACAACAUCCCCGAUAUCGAGGCUAUUACUAUCAAUUCAUUCGCCCCUAUGGGUGCCCAGAACAAGGAGUACCUUCACGUGUGUCGUGCUGUUAUUCAAGCUAUUUCCGGUUCCUUCCCCGAAGUGACAAAGGUCAAAAACGGUGUUGUUCAGUGGGGUGUUAAGAAGGGCGACAAGACUGGCUGCAAGGUGACAAUGAAGGGUGCCAAGGCCUACGAGUUCCUCGACAAGCUCAUUACCUUGGUUCUACCCAAGAUCAAGGACUGGCCCGGUAUCGACGUUAGCACUGGUGAUAGCGCAGGUAACCUGGCAUUCGGUCUUAAGCCUGACUGGAUGGCAUAUUUCCCCGAGGUCGAGUUCAACUACGAUAUGUACCCUUCACGACUGAUGCCUGGUUGUGAUAUCUUCAUUAAGACGACCGGUACCUCGGAUAGGCAAGCUCGUCUUCUGCUGGAGGCACUAGGUCUUCCUUUCUUCGGCAAGCCCAGACACUAA